UAUCUGAUACGUACCGGUGCAGUAUAUGGAAAGCGUAUUUUUGGUAGUGGAGGUAUGUCAAGCUGUUAUUAUGGGUUGAUCGUGCUAUGCCAUAAAGGAGUUAUGGCCUUUUCCUUUUAUGUUUGACCUUGGGCUUUUAAAGAUGUACAGUCCCAUAAUUAGUGGGCUGGUUUUGGGAUUUAUGAUGCACGGCCUUUUUGAGUUAAGCUCGGUUGUCCCAGGGCAACGUGUCAUGGUGGGAUUGCAUCUGCUUUGCUGAGGCUGGUAUAUAUGUGGUAUAACUGGCUGCUUCUUUAUACUGAGUGGUUGCGGCGGCGCUGCUACUGCUUUGUUAGAUCUUGUUGCUAUAAGAGGGACUAUCCAGUUGGUACGGAGGAACCUGCACAAGAGCAGCGUCGGCUCGUGCAGAUCAGGUCCAAAACGUUGCUAUCUGAGGUUUUGAGAGGCAUAGGCGCAAAUGAGGCACGAUACAGUUGCCGUGCUGUAGCAGAUGGCUAUGUUGGGUUUGCUGAGGCAACUGUUUAUGGUGCAAGAGGAGUUGGAGAGCCUUUUGUUGUUCGUGCACAGGGUAUUUCAGCUAUAAGACCAUGUGAUGCGGAAGAAAGCGCUGCACAUGCUUUAAUUUCUGUUAUCAAGAAAGAAUGUAGUGUGGAGUUCGAUGAUACAAACUGGUUUGACAUGAAUCGCUAUCAUGUUGAGACAGAGCGACUGAAGAGAGCUCUUGGGAGAGCUAGGAAGAAAUGCAAUACUCUUGCAAAGAAGGCACGGUUGCUGGAAAUCGGCUGGGAUAGAGCUUUAGAUUCAUUGGGUUCUGUCAACCAAAUAUGUGAUGACAUAUGUUCUUUUGUUCUAGGAGGUCCUGAUGCUGAUGAUCUUAGUCAUCGUGAGGUUGGAGUAUUCUACGAUGUGCACCGUCUUGGUGAAUAUGCUGAAUCUUUUGUGGACGAAGGGUUGGCUAAUCUUACCAGUGUUGCUGCUAGAUAUAUCUAAGCCUAAGGAGACCUGCAUGGAUUGUUUUUGGGAACUAAGCUGAGCGAAAACAACAGAUGUUGUGACUGAUAUUAUGUCCAGUAUUUUAUCAGUAGGGAUCCUGCAGUUGAUUGUAAUAAGCGUCUGUUAUAUAGCAGCAGUUGUGUAUAGCUGGGUGUGUAUGCAUGGAACAGCAUGUAGGCAUGAUAUAUGGUGGUUAUGUAUUUGUCUAUAGUAUAUAGUCAGACAUAUGUAAUCUGUGAUGGAAUGGUAGUGUAAGUAGUAAAGCCCUAUAAUUUCUAUGUAUGGUGGUUAGCUAUGUUUGUCGGUAUCUGGAAAUUCUUGAAUACUAUAACAGCGUGAUCAAUUAAUAUGUGCAUGUAAA